AUGCCAAACAAGACUAGGCCUGACUAUUUCCAGCAUCACCACUGCUCGCUCCCACCACAUGUACCCGCCGCAUCUUCGUUUCUUACAACGCCGCUGCUAAUGCAUCAACCUGGGCCCAAUAUUUUAUCUCACGUCGAGAUCUAUUCGCGCGAAGAUAUCGCGUCAUCGGACGCGCCUAAGGUUGCUGAUCGUCUCGAAUGGGCUUGGGUGGAGGAUCCUACAUUGGACGGCGCAUCGCCUGCUGCGCUGCUUGAGAAGUUCCGUGCCUGGGCCGCAGAAGAAGUGGAGCGACAACCCGGAGAUUACUACGCUGAAGUCAUUCCGCGCUUCAAUUUGUUCAUUAUGGUUGAUGACGAGGUACUGCAGAGUUUAGGCAGACUUGAUGCUCUGGGAAUGGACUGGCCGAGCAACACGUUUGUGAAAUUCGUGAAUGUUUAA